CCUGGGCCCGGCGGCGGCCCGGUGGCGGCCCCAGCGUGGCGGUCUUAAGCCGUGGGGUGAGCCCAGGAGCUCCACUCCGCGGUACCCUAGCCGCAUCCCCGGAGCUCCCGGUGGGGCCCCUGGCGGGCCCCUGGCUAUCCCCCCCGGCCCCGAAGGGCCCAGCUGCGCAGAAAGGAACUUCGACCCGGCUCGGGCGCCCAGGUGGCUCGGCUCCGCCCAGUCCUGCCAGGCAGACAUCUUAAUCCCGCUAAGAAGUGAGAGGUUAAAGCUCAGAAAGUUUGAGUAACCUGCCCACGGUCUCCACUGGAAGGCGACAGCAAUGAGGCGUCAGCUCCUGGCCUGCAUCAGCCGACACCCUUAGCACCCGCGUUUGUGACCGUCAGGCAGCCCUAGAGCAGCCUUGAGGGGGGGUCACCUCCUGCACCUGUGCUCCACUGGCUGCGGCUGAGCCCAUGGUCUUGCCCUUCAGUGUGGAGGCAAUGCCAAAGCUGGAAGGCUUUGAGUUCUGGAGCCGCACCCUGGGGGGGGCCCGCCACGUAGUGGCCCCCAUGGUGGACCAGAGCGAGCUGGCCUGGAGGCUGCUGAGCCGCCGACACGGGGCCCAGCUGUGCUACACACCCAUGCUGCAUGCCCAGGUUUUUGUCCGUGAUGCCAACUACCGAAAGGAGAACCUGUACUGCGAUGUGUGCCCCGAGGACCGGCCUCUCAUUGUACAGUUUUGUGCCAAUGACCCAGAGGUGUUUGUCCAGGCGGCUCUCUUGGCUCAGGACUACUGUGAUGCCAUCGACCUGAAUUUGGGCUGCCCGCAGAUGAUUGCCAAACGAGGUCACUAUGGCGCCUUCCUGCAGGAGGAGUGGGACCUGCUCCAGAGAAUGAUUCUGCUAGCCCACGAAAAGCUUUCUGUUCCCGUCACAUGCAAGAUCCGCGUCUUCCCAGAGAUCGACAAGACUGUGAGAUAUGCCCAGAUGCUGGAAAAGGCUGGCUGCCAGCUGCUGACUGUCCAUGGGCGCACCAAGGAGCAGAAGGGGCCCCUGUCAGGCACCGCGUCCUGGGAGCACAUCAAGGCUGUGCGGAAGGCGGUGGCCAUACCUGUGUUUGCCAACGGGAAUAUCCAGUGCCUGCGGGAUGUGGAGCGCUGCAUCCAGGACACGGGGGUGCAAGGGGUCAUGAGUGCAGAGGGAAACCUGCACAACCCUGCCCUGUUCGAGGGCCGCAGCCCUGCCGUGUGGGAGCUGGCCGAGGAGUACCUGGACAUUGUGCGGCAGCACCCCUGCCCCCUCUCCUACGUCCGGGCCCAUCUCUUUAAGCUGUGGCACCACACGCUGCAGGUGCAUCAGCAGCUUCGAGAGGAGCUCGCCAAAGUGAAGACCCUGGAGGGCAUUGCUGCAGUGAGCCAGGAGCUAAAACUGCGGUGUCAGGAGGACAUAUCCAGGCAGAAGGAGGGAGAGAAGCCUUCAGGAGGCUUGCCUUUCUUCCACUGGAUCUGCCAGCCCUACUUCCGGCCAGGGCCCAAGGAGGGGAGCAAGGAGAAUGGGGGUGCCCGCAGCAAGCGGGCCCUGGAGGAGGAGGAGGGCACCACGGAUGUCUUAUCCAAGAACAAGCAGAAGAAGAAGCUGAGGAACCCCCACAAGACCUUUGACCCUUCACUGAAGCCAAAAUACGCAAAGUGUGAUCAGUGUGGAAACCCAAAGGGCAACAGGUGUGUGUUUAACCUAUGCCGGGGCUGCUGCAAGAAGCGAGCUUUCAAGGAGACUGCCGACUGCCCAGGUCACGGACUGCUUUUUAAAACCAAAUUGGAGAGGUCUCUGGCCUGGAAGGGUGCCCAGCCGCGGCUGCAGGAACCACAGCAGGCCGGGCCUGGAGAACCAGGUGGCUUCCCUGAGGUUGUGGGCGGUGCCCUGGCCUAAAAUGGGCAGCUACAGCCCCAUGUGCUACCCCCCAGGCCUGCUGCUGAAGCCUCAACUGACGUCCCACUUAAGGAAACGCCUUUACUCAGGGAACCUCCUGCUACUUCACACGGAAGGACAAGCUGGUCUUCCCUUCGGCCCAUCCUGGGGGCCCGGAGAUGCUGUACUGAGGAGCAGGCUCCCAGGCUGGACCUGCCCUCCUCACAGCCCGCGUGUGUUCAAAAUGAACAAUAAACCAUUUCAAAGAUGGGAUGUUCCCAGGC